CUGCGCAGAUGUUGAGGCCGUAAAGCACGCCGGGCGGUCAGUCGGGUUGCAGAUCGCAGGGAGGAAGACGCCGGGGUUCGCCUUCUCUCCGCUGCCGCUAUGAUUCCGGUGUCGUUGCUGGUGGUGGUAGUGGGUGGCUGGACUGCAGUUUACCUGACCGACUUGGUGCUGAAGUCAUCUGUCUAUUUUAAACAUUCUUAUGAAGACUGGCUGGAAAACAAUGGCCUGAGCAUCUCCCCUUUUCACAUAAGAUGGCAAACUGCAGUUUUCAAUCGUGCCUUUUACAGCUGGGGACGGCGGAAAGCGAGGAUGCUUUAUCAGUGGUUCAAUUUUGGAAUGGUGUUUGGUGUGGUUGCCAUGUUCAGUUCUUUUUUUCUCCUUGGAAAAACGCUGAUGCAGACUUUGUCACAGAUGAUGGCUGACUCUCCCUCUUAUUCUUCCUCCUCUUCCUCUUCCUCCUCCUCCUCCUCUUCUUCUUUCUCAUCUUCUUCCUCUUCCUCCUCCUCCUCCUCCUCUUCCUCCUCUGCCUCUCUUCACAAUGAGCAGGUGUUGCAAGUUGUGGUUCCUGGUAUCAAUUUACCCGUCAAUCAGCUGACCUAUUUCUUUGCUGCUGUCCUCAUUAGUGGUGUUGUACAUGAAAUUGGACAUGGGAUAGCAGCUAUUCGGGAACAAGUUCGAUUUAAUGGCUUUGGGAUUUUUCUCUUCAUUAUUUAUCCUGGAGCAUUCGUUGAUCUAUUCACCACCCAUUUGCAGCUUAUAUCACCGGUCCAACAGCUAAGGAUAUUUUGUGCAGGUAUCUGGCAUAAUUUCGUCCUUGCCCUCCUGGGUAUUUUAGCUCUUGUCCUCCUCCCAGUAAUUCUCUUGCCUUUUUACUACACUGGAGUGGGAGUGCUUAUCACAGAAGUUGCUGAGGAUUCACCUGCCAUUGGACCCCGAGGCCUUUUUGUGGGAGACCUUGUCACUCAUUUACAGGACUGUCCUGUUACUAAUGUGCAAGACUGGAAUGAAUGUCUGGAUACCAUUGCCUAUGAGCCCCAAAUUGGUUACUGCAUAAGCGCAUCAACUUUACAACAGUUAAGCUUCCCAGUCAGAGCAUACAAACGACUAGAUGGUUCCACUGAAUGCUGUAAUAAUCAUAGCCUCACAGACGUGUGUUUUUCCUACAGAAAUAAUUUUAACAAGCGCUUGCAUACAUGUCUACCUGCUCGGAAAGCAGUUGAAGCUACCCAAGUUUGUAGAAGCAAUAAAGAUUGUAAAAAAAGUUCAAGUUCAAGUUUCUGUAUAAUACCUUCUUUAGAAACUCAUACUCGCUUAAUAAAAGUGAAGCACCCACCCCAAAUUGAUAUGUUGUAUGUAGGACAUCCAUUACAUCUUCACUACACUGUGAGCAUCACCAGUUUUAUUCCACGUUUCAAUUUUCUAAGCAUAGAUCUGCCAGUGAUUGUGGAGACAUUUGUCAAGUACCUGAUUUCCCUCUCUGGAGCUCUGGCUAUUGUGAAUGCUGUCCCCUGCUUUGCCUUGGAUGGUCAGUGGAUUUUAAACUCUUUUCUGGAUGCUACCCUUACCUCAGUGAUUGGAGACAAUGAUGUCAAAGAUCUGAUAGGAUUUUUUAUCUUACUUGGUGGCAGUGUACUUUUAGCUGCCAAUGUGACCCUGGGACUCUGGAUGGUUACAGCACGGUAAUAUUUGCUCUCUUCUGACAGAAUCUCCGAGUUCCCUUCUACAUCUGUGUGGUAAUAUCCAUUGCCAUUAACAUCCUUAUUCAGUAUGAAAUGUAUUUCUUUCUAGUUGCAUCAUGGCCAAUAUCAUUGAGCUCUUCCUAUAUCUAGAGUACCCAAACUCUGUGGUGUAGGAUGAGCAGAAGGAAUGAAAGGCAUAGUCCCCAACUGCAUUUCUAGUUUUAAAAGACUGAAUGUACAAAUCUCACCUGUUUGUGGAACAAUUUCUAAACAAGUACAAAUUCAUUCAUAUAGUACCAUGUCCUGUGAUUACAUAGCAUAUUGAAGUAGUACAGAGGAGAGCAGAAUUGAAUAGAAAUAAUUAGGAAAAUGUGUGUGGCUCUGGGGAUCAAACCCAUAGCCUCAUAUGCUAGGCAAGUGCUCUACCACUACACUACAGGCCCAUCCCCAGGGAAAACCAGUUGAAAUAUCAUCAUUAAGCUGGAUGUGGUGGUGCACACCUGUAGUUCCAGCACUCGGAAGAUUAAAGCAGGAAGAUUGCAAGUUUGAGGCCAGCCUGGGAUCCAUAGCAGGUUCCAGGCUAGCCUUGCCUACAUAUAUAGCAAGACCCUGUCUCAAAAGCAAACCAAACAAACAAAGCACACCAUCAUUUCUAAAGAUUUAAAAGAAAUCAAAUUUUGGCCAAGUAGAAAGGUGAAUGUGUUCAUAGCCUAUAUUUCUUAUCCUCUGUCAUAUUUAAGAAGUAUUUUAAACAUGAAUGGUGUAUUAUUUUAUACUCUGAAAACAGAAGUCUGAUUAAAAUUAAGUUUAAUAAAAUUCUAUACGAGAAUUUGCCUAUAUGACCGGAAAAUCUUUGUCAGAUGACACUAAGAGACAAAUUAGGAAGGAGGGCCUAUGAUCUCAUGAGACAGUUUAUACCACAAGCAUUGUCUCUUUGUUAAUGUGUGCUGCAGGAAGUAUCUCACACAGCAGCAUGUCAGCUCAGGCACUUAGAAUUGAACCUCAGAAAUAUGCCAGGUUCUCUGAUCACAAGACAGAACAUAGGAUCUUUAGCAGACCUGGUUACCAUUCUCUAGAGUUCUGAAGCUUGGGAGCCUUCCAGGGUAGAUAUUGUCCCUUGUUGCAGCUGAGGCCAUCUAAGGCCUAUGUUCCUGAAGCAUUAAACCCCAAGCUGCACUCUGUUCUCACCAGCAGCUCCCGUGUUUCUCUCUGUUGGGUGAUCAGUCACCUAGCUCUUGCUUUCAGUGUCUCCCCUGAGCUACCUCUGUGGAUCCACAGCAGUAAUAUGGUGAAAAUGGCUUGCACAUGAGACAGUAUAAGGGUGGAUUUGCCAAAGCCUGGGACUAGAUUCUUAAACCUGACAGGCCUAGUCUUGUAUCUAGUCAAUGGGCCCCGUGCAAAGUUGUUGCUCUGAGAAACAUGGGAGCAAGCUAUUUUCUUCAUGCACAAUGCACACUUCUGUCUUAUACUCGAGAGGUGACAAAAGCAAUAAUUCAUUGUAGCCAGGUACCUGCCUUCACAAAUUGAGGUGUUCCAUGGAGUUACCUUUUUCAGAUUAUUAGCGACUCUUUAAGCACUAGAACUUUUAAAUCAUUUUUAGAAACUUUUUUAGAUUGUACUACAAAUUUGCCUUCCUUCUUAAACACAAAUUAUAUAUAUUGGACAUCAUUUUAGCAUUUUAUUAAUGACCUGGGUUAUCAGAAUUAAAAAUCAUACAGAUCGCUGGUUUCUCCAGAAAAUAUGGCAUAUACAUGUUCAGUAAACAGUCAUUGGGGACCAAGGUAUAUUAAGCAUGGUUAUGCUUAGACCUGUUCCGGAAGUUGAGCUUGGGGAAAUGCCAUGAAAUAUUCAUGUAAUUAAUUUGAUUACAUGUAUUAAGUGGCUUAUUAAUGAAAAUGUUCUAUAUUGUGCACAUUGGUUUUU